AUGGGCUCUCAAGCAUUCAUCCAGCGUGAAGCCGAACAGCUUGCUCCGAAAGCGGUCAUCAAGCAAUUGCGGCGUUCUCCUAGCCCUUCGCCUCCGACGUCCCUUGCUGAGGAUGAAACCAUUUCCUCUCCAGAACAAGAACCCGACUCAGAGGAAACAGAGGACCAGACACGUCAGCGAAGCAGGACGAGGAGUUUUUCGUCGGUUCUCUCAUCAAUAUCGCUGCCAUCGCCCAAGCUUCCGCGACUUCGCAUUACACCCAGUGCAAAAUCCAGUGUAUGGAAAGAGCCGGAGCCUUUCGAGAUUUUUCGUGCCGUGGAAAAGAAAGACAUCACAUUCCUGAUGGAGGUUAGAGACAGAGCGUUCCAUCUUCUACUGCGCAAGAAUGGGGACGCCACACCACUCGUUCAUUGCAUGCGCAUUGGUAAAUCACACCAAGAUGUAGCUAUAAUCCUCCUUGGCGCGUUUUCCCGAUACAUCAACAACCUUCAAGAUGACGAAGUUACCCUUCCGCGCACAAAGAUGCUUCUCAAAGCAUUGCGUAUCAACCUGCGACUAGCAAUAGAUUUGGGGCUGCAAACAUCUCAGAGCGAUCUAAUCGCGUCAUUUCUCCAGACGCUCAUCAUGAGCGAAGGCGACAAGUGGGUCUGGGCUCAGGUGGGAAACGUUGCAGCUUCUCUGCGUGCUGGAACAGCGGGAAAGCCAGUUCAGACUGCUACCGAGGCGGUGAGAAGUUUCGCGACUAAAGAACUGGGUAAAGCAAAAUAUAUUGCGGCUCUCGAGGAUUAUAUCGCGAACGCUACGGCAGAUUUGGUGAUGAUGGGCGCUUGGAUAAGUGCCUUAGAGUCGAUUCAAGGCGAGGCUAUACCUACAUGGUACUUUGCCCGAGACGAUCGAGUGUACAAGGCAUUCUGUGAAAGACUUGAUGCACACAAACAUGAAGUUGCUACCCUUAGCCGACGUCUCCGAUGGCAACUGAGAGUACUGAGGGCCGUCAUGGAAGGCCGUAGUAUAAGCCUACAUGGCAAGGUGCGACUACUUGCAGAGGAAUUCGACGAAGGAGAUGGGGUCUGA